UCAAACACUAUUCCGUGGAUCCCGCUGUUCUUCCAAAGGCAAACGAGUCAUCAUGAAGAUCUCGGCGACUUUAUUGGUUUGCGCGGUGGCAUCGGCGGCGGCGGUACCGCUCCAAGACACCCUGAAUGACGCUCGAUUGUUCCCUCGGAACAAGGACGCGGUUCCAGUUUCCACGGAACCCGGGAUUGUCACCGGCAAGGACGCGACGAAUCAGUCGACAAAAAAGCAAUCAGAGAAGACCGACAGUGGAACGAAAGAGUCGAAAUCAUCAUUGCUAGCCUCGAUUCAAGAUAAUAAUCAAGGCAAGCUUGAGGUUGGCCGUUUCUCAAAGCAAUCCAACGAAGUCAAAGCAACUAAGAAGAAUCGGAAGCAUAAAGCCAUCUUCGUCAAUUAUCCUCUCGUUUCACAGCUUCCAUUCUCUAACGUCCCCUACGACAUCGAUUAUCCCAGCAGCUUCGAUACCGAAGAACGUACCAUGUCGGAUCCGAAUAGAUACGAGGAAAGCAACAUCUUUUACAUCAGGCUACCACCCACGCCGUACAUGUUCGUGCCAGGUUUAGGCUAUAUCUCGCAACCGCCCACUUACUCCACAGCCAGCCUUCGGCCGCAUGUCCCGUACACGAGACCCGGAAGGCCGAAACCAAACUACCAGCAACCCGUUAACCCGUUCAUCAAGCUGCCCAUCGAUUUUGUGAGCAACGGGAAACCGACGUCGGUCUACCAAUGGCAAAAGAAGACGAACAAGAAACCAACGGACAGCCCAAUCACCAAUCUGGACAGCGUUUCGGCGGACUUUGUGAGCAAUGGGAAACCAACAUCGAUUUAUCAAUGGCAGGGCAAUUUAAAACCGACCAAGAAACCAGCGGACGAUUUGGUCAACAACCUGGACAAGGGCCCGUACACGUUUAAUGGCAAGCCUACCAGUUUCUUUCUGUUGAAGUCUGAUGGAACCGCAGGGGCACGUCAGGCUUUCCGGUACCCUGACUACCGGCAAGAUAAUUCCUACUAUUGAAGACACGGGGCAGCUAGUUGCUACCGAAACGUGGAACGAACCACGGCUAUCUCGAAUCCUAUAAAUCGUCGGUUUGAUUGCCGGAUGAUGAUGGAUUCGAGCGAAAGAGAUGAGAAGCGACGAGCGUAUGCACGAGAAAUGUGAAACGAGAGAGGAAUCGAUUCGCCAUUCUCGUUCGAAUCGUAUAACUGCGAGUGCCAGAGAAUCGUGAUGCUCGAUCGCUUAGAAAUUACACUCGCGCUUACGCUUCGUUCAGAUUAGUGCAUUUAUCUGAAUUCAGGCAACUUGAAGUUGUUUUCCUCGUCUGAACUUGUAGCAUGCUAGAUUUCAGGGGGUAUACUAUUGGACUUUCAGAAAUCAAAGCCUCGUUUUUAAUUUUCUUACGGUGUUAGGUGCGCGAAAUAUCGCGUUAACACGUCAUAUUACUGACUUAUGUUACUAGAACGAAUGUAUCAUCUUGAAACCUGUGUUAACGUUUUUCUCGAAAUUAUAUUUUCGACUCGAUCGUUAUGAAAUCUCCCCGCCGCCAAAAAUUAGAAAAUAGAGCUAUGUCAAUAUUAUUCUACAAGAUCUAAAUUCCUCAUUUUGUAGUUAUUUAUGGAAAGAUUCCCAAAUUGUAUCCGUAGCUUCUUCAAGAUAGUAUACCUCCUUGAAAUGUUCUUUCAAGUUUCUAAGCUUGUUCUUUAUUCAUUGAAUCGCCUGAAUUCAAGAAACUUGACCGGUCUGAACGGGAUUUGAAACAUGUAUAUUCGUACAAGGACAAGCUUUCGUAUUUAUGGCCUUGAUACAGAAGUUACACAAGCUGACUAGUGAUUUAUACCGUGUUACAUUUACAUCUAAGAGUAUAGGUUAUUACGCGUAUGAUUAUGCGGGAACCGUGGAGCCAGUUCCCUAAGACGGACUGUUAAAAAAUUUCAUCACGUCGAUGAUGGACGUCGUUGGUGUAGCUAAUGCGAUCUCUUUGGUAGAGAUUUGUAUCUUUUUUCUCCUUAUACGUUGCUUUCAAGUUCGAUGCCUUGACUAUGCAAGGUACAGUGGUGGAAGUUGCGUUUUAAAGUAGAGGGGAAAAGAUCGAGGAGAAAUAUCUCUGUACGGUAAACGAGAAAUGAACGAUAAAGACCAAUGUGGAAGAUAAAACGACGUAAUGAGAAACGUAAACAUAACGGCCGUGAAGUUUUUCGUUUUUGCAGUUAAAUAUCUUCUGAUUUUCAUGAUGCGUUAAUUCAGUAUGCUGGUAUUGAUUCCGCUCUGCAUAAUUAAGACGUAUCGCUGUGGUUGCUCGAGAUACAGACUCUAUUCCGAGUAGAUGUAUAAUUUUAAUUGUUACUCUUAAGUGUAUAGUUUCUAUUUAUAGAGUAUCAAUACUUAUAUGCGUCUAUCUAUACGUUAAUCAGUUAAAAAAUGCGUAUAUAUAAUUUAUAUAU